UAUAGUGCGGAAGGCGCAACUAAAAAACGUUACAGCGGUGGCAGUGUUUUUAACAUUUGUUGUAAACUUUCGAGUAUUUUAGAUAAACUAUUGUUCUGCAGUAUGUCUAAACCGGCAGGCUAUUCGCCCAACUUCAAGCGACCGGCUGAAAUUAUGCGAAUGAGGAGGAAAAGAACCCGGAGCGACGCCAGUGUCUUCUCCAGCCCGAGCGGACAGGGCUCCACUGCCGGACAAAGCGACUCGUCGCCGGCAGGAGUCCGGCCUUUCUCCCCGGGGCCGUUUUUUAACCCCCAUAUUCGUCCCGGAGGUGGAAUAAAGCGCAGGAACCCGUUCGCAAACAUUGAAAAUACGUACAGUCCCAGCAAGAAAUGUCUCAUUUACAAGGAGGACGGACAUGCGGAAGCUGUGGACCGGUGCAAGAUAAAGAAAAUGACAGAAACGGAGGGAGAGGAGGAGAUGUCAACAAAGACGGACUGUAAUGCAGUGUUGCCUCUCAGUGCGAGGCUGACUGAGGCAGAGAAACACGAGCACCAAGAUGUUUACAGCAAGGAAUGUCUUUCUUUCUCUGAAGAUGACUCUCUGUUUGAAGAAGAGGAGGAAGAUGUCGUGAGUCCACUCAUCAAGAGUCCCCAGGCCAUUGCUCCUGCCUCCAUCGCUCCCCCCGUGUGCACAGUGUUUCCCACAGACUGGAGCCUGAAGACGCGCCUCCUCUUCACCUCCCCCCUCACCCUGUCCUGGGCCGAGCACCCCAAAGCUCAGGAGGAAGCCCAUGGGCUGAGUCAGCACCUCAGAGCUCACUUCAGCACGCUGCCGCACAGUCUGCAGGAUCCCCGGUCGUGCUCGGAGUUGCGCUGUGCGUUCCAGCAGAGCCUGGUGUACUGGCAGCACCCCUCCCUGCCCUGGCUCUCUCUGUUCCCCCGCAUUAACGCUGAGAGGAGCUUCACCGGGAAGUGCACCCCAUGGGCCCAGGACCGCGCCCUGCAGCAGAGUCUCAUGAGCGAAUGGUCGGUGAGUCUGUCCUCCCUCUACAGUCUGCUGAAGACCAAGCUGUGUCCGUACUUCUAUCUCUGCUCGUAUCAGUUCACAGUGUUGUUCAGGGCAGCAGGAGUGGGGGGGUCCAGCAGCAUCACCGCCCUUAUCUCUCCCACAACCCGGGGUCUCAGAGAGUCCAUGAAGGCUGAAGGUAUAGAGUUCAGUCUUCCCCUGGUGGAGGACAGGAGACAGAGCAGGGAACAGUACACGCAGCAGGGAGAGGAGGAGGAGGAGCAGGAGUGUUCUGAGCUGAAGGAGGCCGAAGGAAAGAAUGACGGAGACAACGAUGAUGAAGACGGCGACUUCUCCUGGCUGAAGGAGAUAGGGGUCCAGGACCAAAUCAAGAAGCCCGACAGCAUCACCAUCCAACUGCAAAAGGAGGGUCAGAUCGUGUCCCUGGACCACAAGCCGGAGUCUGUGGUGUGUGUGGAGGGAACACACACCUUCACCCUCAUCAACUUCCUCAUCAACUGCAAGAGUCUGGUGGCUGCAGCGGGCUCCCAGGCUGGGUUACCCCCGACCCUUCUGGCCCCCAGUGCCUUCAGAGGAGCCACCAUGCACACACUGAAGGCUCGCAGUGUGAAUGUGAAGAGCCAGAUUGGGGGUUCCUAUCAGAGCAUCAGCAGUCUGGAGAUCACAGGACCUAUCCUCCCCUCGUCUCUCCACACCAUCACCACCCUCCUCCGGCCGGCACAGAAGGGAAACUUCUCCACUGCUCUCUACACACACACUCCUACCGCUGUCAUGAACACACAUACCACGGAGCCGCAGAGCUCUUCAGGCUCCCUGGACCUGACUGCCUGUGGCCUCCAUCCUGCCUCCAUCCAGCAGCUGCAGCAGCCCUCCACCCUGGGAAAGACUGCUCUGAGCCACAUCAGCAUGAACAACUACAGCUACACCUGGAGGAGCUGAUAGAGGAGACAUGGUGCCAUCAGCUCUCUCUCCAUUUGAUUGUAUUUUGAUCUGUCUAUAUAUGUCUUCAAAUGCUGGUAUUCUAUCCUGAGUGUGUUUUUAUCGUUGAUGAAUGUAUUGUUUUAAAAUGCAUUUGAAUGACUUGAAUUUAGUUUUAUUUGAAAGAAGGUGUUUUUUCGUGAUGACAUACUUUCAGUUUGAUCAAAUUAAAUGAAUGUUAUUUUUUUUAAACUUACAAAACAAUAAAUAAAUAGUAAGUAUGAUCAUGCCAGUUUAGUGUCCCCCCCCCCCCUCUGCUUGUCAGAAACUCUACUUAAUUUAGUGCCAGCUGACUGGAUGAUGCACAACAGCUCACAACUUCACCAGCUGACAGAUACAACAGUAGAGAGACUGGAGGGAAUAAACAGCGAUAACUGGACCUCUUCAUCCUGAAAUAUGUUUGACAUAUAGAGGUACCUGCACAGGUAUAAAGGUGGAGCUGUCACAUCAAAUGGCUCAGGGGGAUAGGGUACAUACUGUGAGACUGCAGGUUGUGGGUUCAAAGCUUUUCAGGUGCACUCGUCUUUAAGGUCCAAAAACCCAAAUGAAGGAGUCAUAAGCUCUACGGAACAAUAACGUAUCAGGACAAAUAGCUCAGAGGAUAUGUGACCGGUCGGAACACCUGAGGUUGUGUGUUCGAAUCCUUGUAAAGUAUACUGAUUUUAAAGUGCUUACUCUAAACGAAGAAG